CACGAAUUAAUUUUUAUGCGCAUUGUCAAGGUUAAUUGCCAGAAGAGGAUUCCCGAAGCGUAUUUUUAGCGAUAACGGUUCAAGUUUCCGAGGUGCGAAUGUUGGUUUGAUACAGAUUGUAUGCUCUUGGAAUACAAACAAAAUAGAAAACCACCUCAAAGAACGAGGAUGUGAGUGUUGUUUCAACCCACCUAGGGCAAGUCAUCGAGAUGGGGUGUGGGAACGCAUCAUAAGAUCAAUUAGAAGAAUUCUAAGAGUGCUUUUAUUCCAAGACAUGUUGACCGAUGAAGCUCUGCAAACGUUCUUGACCGAGGCAGAAUGAAUACUAAAUAACAGACCUUUGGUUAAAAUGACGGACGAUCCUGGCACCCUAGAUGCUCUUACUUCGAAUAAGUUGUUGAUUUACAAAGAAUUAUCAUUCGACGAUGUUUCCGUGGAUAAGACUUUAUUAUACAAUAAAAGAUGGAAGGAAGCUCAAAGGUUAACCACUGCAUUUUGGAAUAGGUGGAUAAGAAAAUAUCUACCGACUCUCAAAACAAGAGACAAAUGGUUGGACGUACACAAGAACUUACAACCGGGCGACCUAGUUCUUGUUGGCAACGUCGAAACGAAUAGAAGUCUAUGGCCUAAUGCCAUUGUCAAACAGGUGAGCCAUAGUCCUGAUGGACGAGUUCGUACAGCAAAGUUGAGAACUGCAACUUUAGGAUUAGAUCUAUUAUUAUACCAGUACUGAUAACGAACUAGAUCAUAGUUCUACGUACACACAAACGGGAGAUCACCCCUGCAAAGAACAGUUGAUGAACUAAAUCCACGACAACAAAUGAAGAAAUACUUAAGUUUUAACCCGAAUUCUCGAUGUUUCUCCGAAAAAUGGUGAACGGAUUCUUUGGGCUGAUAUGAAGUGAUUCACAUUUGACCUUUCAAAGCAGCAAAACUGGGGGUAAACACUGGUGUACGCAACCUAUAUAGAGGAAGAAUAUUAGUAAUUAUCAAAUUACUGGACAUAUCACUCAUCAAGUAGAGCACAGAACUAAUGAUAAAUACCACUCCACAAUUUAUCACGAAUUCACUGUACCACAGUUGCAAUUAAUCUCAGAACAAAAGUUUUCAAACUCUACAGCACCAACCCACGAA